CCGCUGUGUCGCGCCCGGGAAUCUCUCCGCACGCCAACGCAGUCGCGGACACCCCACGCCCAGCUCAGCUCGGCACCACCUCCUCGCUUCUCCCCCAUCCCCGCGCCGGGAGCUGGAGCUGGAGCCCAGCGAGCAGCGGCCGGCAUUUGCCUUUCUUUAAUCCGAAACCCCUCCUGAGCUCUCCGCACUACACUGCAUCGCGCGAUGUUGACAUUGGCAUGACCUGAUGGCCCCUUCCCCACCACCACCACCAUCUCGACUUCCUCCUCUCCCCCUCCACGCGGAGUGUUGAGCUGUCACCUCUCUGGGCGAGCUGAGGGGGUGACGACGGGGGUUCGUCGCGCUCGCGGCCGCAAUGGCGUCGGCGGGGGCGGCGGCAAAGAUCGUGCGGGAGAUCGCGGCGGUGGGCGCCGCCGACCUUGCUGCCGCCGCCGAGCCGCUGCGCGCGGACUGCCUCCGCCUCGCGCGGAAGGUGUCGCUGCUGUCGCACCUCGUCGCCGAGGUCGCCGAGGCGGGGGAGGGGGAUGCGGCGGCUGCGGCAUGGGUGCGCGAGCUGGUGAGGGCGCUCGAGGCCGCCAGGAGGUUCGUCGAGCUCGGACGAGCGCCGCCGCUGCCGCCGACCGUGGCGGGGGCGUCGGAUCAGGAUGCCAUAUGCGACAAUGCUGCUGUUCAGUUCAAGUAUGUGACUUGGCAGUUGCAAGCUGCUCUAACGAACCUACCACAUAGCUGUUUUCAAAUAUCAGAUGAAGUUCAAGAAGAGGUUGAUUUGGUGCGAGCUCAGCUUAGAAGAGACAUGGAGAAGAAGGGAGCCCUUGAUGUGAACAUUUUUUCGAAAGUUCAUGAUAUCUUAGCUCGAGUUGAUAAUGCUGAAUCACAAUCGCAACCACAUGGUCAACCAGAGCCAUCACAGAUGCAGAACCACAGUAAAGAACACCUGGAGUUGAAAGAUAUUGUUCUACUAGUUUCUGAAAUAAGCGGGUUGUCCAAAUCUGACAUGACGAAAGUAACAUCGGAGCUAGUUGAAGGACUCAGAGACAUUAAAUCUCUUGACUCCCCAAAACCUGUCAAUGUUGAUAAUCAAGCAAGUGAUGAAACAAAAAGUUUAUCCAAAGUUAAGAAGCCAGACUCGGUAGCUAUUCCUGAAGAUUUUCGUUGCCCGGUAUCUCUCGAGCUGAUGAGGGAUCCGGUCAUUGUUUCAACAGGACAGACCUAUGAGCGUGCUUUCAUUCAGAGGUGGAUUGACUGUGGAAACCGGACCUGCCCAAAAACUCAACAGAAGCUCCAUAAUCUUACAUUGACCCCGAACUAUGUGCUGAGAAGUUUAAUAAUGCAGUGGUGUGAGGAAAAGGGGAUUGAACCACCCAGCAGAUCUAAAAAUGAUGGUUCUUCUCUUGAGAUUGGUGGGGACAGAUUAGCAGUUGAAGCAUUAGUUCGCAAUCUCUCUAGCAGCUCAUUGGAUGAACGAAAAUCUGCUGCUGCUGAAAUAAGAUCUUUGGCCAAGAAAAGUACAGACAAUCGUAUUCUUCUAGCGGAGUCUAGUGCUAUACCAGCUCUAGUGAAACUUCUGUCGUCCAAGGACCUGAAAACGCAAGAACACGCAGUUACAGCUCUUCUGAAUCUCUCCAUAUAUGAUCAGAACAAGGAACUUAUAGUGGUUGCUGGUGCCAUUGUCCCAAUCAUACAAGUGUUGAGGAUGGGUAGCAUGGAGGCAAGAGAAAAUGCAGCUGCAGCUAUUUUCAGCUUGUCACUAAUCGACGAUAACAAGAUAAUGAUAGGAAGCACCCCAGGGGCAAUUGAAGCGUUGGUUGAGUUGUUACAGACUGGUAGCUCAAGGGGUAGAAAAGAUGCAGCAACAGCUCUGUUCAAUCUAUGCAUAUACCAAGCUAACAAGGUCAGGGCUGUUCGAGCAGGGAUCCUGGCACCACUGAUUCGGAUGCUGCAGGAUUCAUCCAGAACUGGAGCUAUCGAUGAAGCACUGACAAUCUUGUCGGUUCUUGUGAGCCAUCGUGAGUGUAAAACUGCUAUAUCCAAGGGUCACGCCAUACCCUUUUUGAUAGAUUUGUUACGGUCGGGCCAGGCCCGUAACAAGGAGAAUGCUGCUGCUAUUCUACUUGCACUUUGCAAGAAAGACGCUGAGAACCUCGCCUGUAUAGGGAGGCUGGGUGCCCAGAUACCACUAACUGAGCUGGCGAAGACCGGCACAGACAGAGCUAAGCGCAAAGCAACUUCACUCCUGGAGCACCUCAGUAAGUUGCAGGUGCUAUAGUUCCAUUCCCCCCCCCCCACCCCCACCCCACUGCACACCAUUUUGUGCAUGUGCAUGUGUUCGACAUGUAUGCAUACAUACGGGAAAUUAACCUCAUCUGUCAUUGAGUAUGAAUUUAGUGGGUUGGUGAUUAGUUUGUUUCAGUCACCCUCAGACGCGUGUUCAAUGAUUCCUACCAUAAAAUGGUUGGUGUUGCUGAAUCUGAUAUAUUCUGCUCCUUCAUCUGCAUGAAGUUUGAUUUGAGCUUUUGAGCACACAGUGCAAAAUUAUCAUGGUCGCCAUCAAAAUAUCUACUCAUGACUUCUUUGUCUUCAAGAUAUCAACUUGACAUAAGCCUGGUACCUUCAGCACUUCACUCCUGGGGGUCCUUUUUGAAAAUCUGUAGAGCUUUUGAGUGCAGCCACCAUCUUUUAACUUGGCCAUUAAUUUCUUGGACCCCCAAUACACUCACCUGGACAUGAUUAGCAAGGUGACCUGAUAUGAAAAGCAACACGGUAAUGAUGAUUGUAUGCUUGUUACUUGUUUAUUUAUUUUCAAGAUUUCCUAUAACUCGACGAAAGCAUCAACACUUCUUAAUAAUAUU